GUAAAGCCUUCCCGCGACCCGGCACCUGGCCUCCCAGGAUUAGCAACUCCCUCCGGCUCGCCUCUGCCUUCAGGGUUUUUUUUUACCCCCUCCCUUCCCCUGUCUUGAUUAUUUUUUUUCUCCCCACUCUUUUUUCUGUUUACAUCUUCUUUUCCCCCCCAGCUCAGUUUGCCCCCGGGGGAGCCAGGGGCGCGGGAGGAAUGAGCAGCGGGCUGCUGCUGCGCACCCCGCUCCCCGAGGACCCCUCGGCAUUCACGCCCCUGAAGCCCGUCACCAUGUCGGGGGAACCCACCGAGGAUGCCCCUGUCUUUGAGGACAUCAAACCCCUCUCCAGGCCCCUGGAAAACCCUCCCGACCUGGCACAGGCACGGUCUGAAAUGGACAAGUACCUUUCAAACGAGAUGCCCCCCAUCCCAAUGAUCCCAGACAAGAAGUACCGCCGGGAGAGUGCCUCGGUGGUGGACGAGUUCUUCUCCACAGAGAAGUCUCCUUCCGCUCCCUACAGCGUCAACAUCAACGUCAUCCUGCCCGACACCACGCACCUGCGCACCGGCCUCUACCGGCCCCCCAAGCCCCUGACACCCUUCCCACAGAUCAAAACAGAGCCGGGCACCAGCUUCGCCCAGCCCUGCUCCUCUGCCUCCGGCUCCACGCAGACCCUGCCCGACUUCACCAGCGUCUUCAGCAUGCCCCAGUCCGUGGCAGUGAACAACAUCUUCAUCAAGCAGGAGGUGCCCUCGGAGAUCCCGCUGCCCGCCAACCCUCCGCAGCUGUACCAGCUGCCGCUGGGCAGCAGCAGCGCCGAGCUUCCCCCGCUGACGGCCUCCUCCAGCAGCACCACGGCCAUCAGCAGCCUCGGCGCCCACAACACUGUCUCCAGCGUGGUCCACAGAGCCGUCCAGCCGGCAGGGCCGGUGAAGCAGUACCCACAUGUCUCCCAGGGACAGGGAAACUUCAGCAUCUCAGGGCAGUUCUACCCUGCUCCAGGGAUGAACCUGCCCCCUUCGCCCCCCAACUCGCAGCCAGGCAGCCCGGAAAAUCAGCCUGAGCUCAUCAACACCAUCUCUCCCCCACCAUCCUAUGAAGCCACUUUUGGACUGAAGUUGGUCCAGUCAUCCCAGGUCCCCCCAGGCCCCAACGGCCUUGGGACCCUCUCCCAAGGGCACGUUGUCAUGCAGCCUCCCAAGUACAACAGGCGCAACAACCCCGAGCUGGAGAAAAGGAGGAUCCACCACUGUGAUUACCCAGGUUGCUCAAAAGUUUAUACCAAGAGCUCCCACUUGAAGGCCCAUCAGAGGACUCACACAGGUGAGAAGCCCUACAAGUGCACGUGGGAAGGCUGCGACUGGCGCUUCGCCCGCUCGGACGAGCUGACCCGGCACUAUCGGAAGCACACGGGCGCCAAACCCUUCAAGUGCCUGGCCUGCGGCCGCUGCUUCUCCCGCUCUGACCAUCUGGCUCUCCACAUGAAGCGGCACCAGAACUAGGAGCCACCUACUUUUUGCCACUUCUCCAAGAGCAGCUGAAACUCUUUGUUUUCUUUCUUGAGGGGCCUCUCCUCUCCUCACACGUAGGAACAAACCCACGCCGUGGUCAGGCAGCGGGGCAGGAGUGGUGAACAAGCCCCCUCUGCCAGCCCCGUCCUCAGCUGUUCCUGGUUUUAAAUGAAAUUGCAUUCAAAAAGAGUUAUUAUUACAGACUGAUGCCAUGAAGAGGCUCCCAGCAGCACUGGGGUGAUGCACCUUGCAUUCCAAAGGGCUUUCUUCCAGCAAACCUGCUGUUUAUCUGUCACUCGGGAGCAACUGUCUUCUGUGUCUCAAGCUCUGUGGGACAUCUUCCCUUUUGGUGAGACCAAGGAGGGUUGUGACAGGUUGGCAGCCUGACUACAUGGGAGAGCUCUCGCUUCAACGUGUCCACGUGAUCCUCUUGGACUGCCCCAUGGCAAGGCUGUGGAUCUGGCCCCCUGCCCCGUGACAAAGCCGUGGAUGUGGCACCUCUGACAGGAGCACAGGCCCAGGGCUCUUUGGGUUGACAAUCCCAGUCUCUGUGGGGGCGUAGAAGAAAAGGCGUGUGACAAACUCACCCGACGUGCCUCAGAGCAAGGGACAGCACAAAAGCAGGUGACAAAAGCCAUCAGCUGUGUUGCGUGGAGCCCACCUCGGGGCUGCACAGCGCUGCCCUGCUCGGCCAGGUUUUUUGGUUAUGUCCUUAGCAUUUCUGCUUCCAAGAUGAAUUUUGACUUCAGAUGUCCCUGGGAGGACCAGUGUGGGUCCUGAAGUUACCCAGGGGACUGCAAAAACAGCCACUGACAAAGCUCUGGUUCCCCAGAACACGCUGUAGCACGUGCCUUUCUCCAAAAAGCACCGGGCAGGCUCUGCUGCUGCCCCGAGCAGGGUCAGUCAUUGCCAAUCACACCAACCUUUUGCUGUUGCCAUUUCAUAUGUUCAGACAGAAAGGGAGAGAAAAAAAAAAGGAAAAGAAAUUUUUGCAACAAAUUCCAAUCAAUCCUGCUGUUCAGAUUGAAAUCAUGGUACUACCUCACAGGCUCAGAGCCUUGGGCUCCCCACAGCUCUCGUCUUCUGUGGGCUGCUGCAGCACGUGGGGCACAGCAGCCACUCUUCAGACUCUAGCUGAGAUUAAACUUAGGCAGAAGAACACCCAGGCCAUGCCAGUUGAAACAGCAGCUGUGCAGUAAUAGGUAAAUGGGGAAGAAAUAAUGGGCCUGGUGCCUUACAAUAUUGAUUUCCCCCACAGCACCCUCCUCUUUUAUUCUCUCCUGCUGAAAACUGCAACAAAGCUCCUGUUCGUCCUUUGCCUCAGGUAAAUAGAACUGAUUUCACGUGGGUGGUGUGGCAUGGCAGGACAGGAGGGCAGGGAGGGUUUGGGGAGUGGUGUGGGCUUUGGGGUAGAUGAUGUGCCUGGGGCUGGUGAGCCCUUUCUGCAGCUCUUUGGCAAGAAACUUCCUCCUUUCUCCAUGCCACCGGAGAGGUGGGAAUGGAGAGGUGAAGUGAGGAUUUUUCACGAUGGUGAAUGGGAAGGGCUUUCCAGAGCUCAGCACUGGGGUCUUUGCCUGGCUGGAGGGUUUGAUGACCCCUCUUGACACCAAGUUCACUUGAGGAUUGGGGUCUGGCUUGUACAGCAGCUUUGGCUGACCACGUGUGUGUGUUCUCCAUGGCCUUUUCCCAGCUCUCAUUGCUGCUUGUCACAGCUGAUGGGUUUGAUGGACCAGAUGGGCUCGUUUGCCACCCUAUUGACUGUGGGGUCUGGCUUCUCUUCAGAACAGAGCAGGACCCUCUCAAUGCCACCACUGGGACAUGGGCUGCUGCUUUCUCCCACCUCACCUUGGAGGUUGGGUUGAACCAUCUGAGAGUGUGCAGUGCUAUCUCCCUCUGAAGAAUGGGGGCUUAGAAGCCUGGAGGCCUCGGCUGGGUGAGCCCUCCCACCUCUUUUUGGGUUUGUUUGAGAUGGAAACCUUCCCUUUUCCCCUGCCUCCCAUUCCCAUCUCUCCUGCUGUGCCGAUGGGGCCCAAAACCUGUUCACUGAAAACCAGUACAAAGCCCAACCAGCCCACAGGCAGCUUGAAAUCUGAGGGCAACUGGAAAUCAUUUCCUGAUGAUCUGGGGUUUUUUUUAACUACAGGAAGAAAGAAAAGCAUCUGUUCCUCCUCACAUAGCCUCUAUGUGUGUGUAUAUAUAUAUAUAUAUAUAUAUAUUUUUAUCUGUAAUUUGUUUUGUAAUUUGAUGGGGCAGCAGAGGAAGAAAUGUCUGAGCAACCCCCCUGCCCCCAGCCCAGCAGGGCCUCCCGCUCAGCACGCAAAGCACACACAUGCAAAUGUGUCACUGGUGCAAAGGCAGCACACUGAAACCAAAACCCCCUGAAAGGCAGAAGGAAAAAAAACCCAGCCAGCUCUAGUUUUAUGUGUGCAGAAGCAGAAGGGCCUCCAGCCUUGAGCUUCACGGCAGCUCUGGGCAGCGUUUGCUGGGGAUGGAGCAGAGCCCUGCUCUGCAACGGGGACUCGGAGCCAAGAGAAGGUCUCCUGGGACUUUUGGGUGAUGAGGACAUUGGGAGAGGUUUCCAGGCCCUGGGAGGCUGUGGGAGCCUGGAUUGUAGCAGGGGAAAUGAUCUAACUGUCGCUGUAAAUAGGCUGAGAGCCGCGUGGUGCUUCGCGGGGGUCGCUCACUGUCCGAGAUGGACACGAUGUGAAAGAAAAGGAAAUAAUUGGGACCUGGAAAACUUGGGUGGAAGGUUUAUUUUUCUGGUGAUGCUUUUGUUUGUUACAUACUCCCCUGUCCCCACCUCUCCCUCCCCAGAAAUCCCUUACAACUAUUAAUCUAUCUGAUAUUUUGUAAUAAAAUGUUAUCCUGUGGA